UUCUAUGUCGUAUUAUGUUUUUUUCCCUACUGUAUACGGCUGCUUGUAACUUGACAGUCGUGCAUAGCGAAUCGAGCGUGAAAAACAUGAUCGUAUCGAUUGUUUUAUAAUAUUUUAAUAAAAUAUACAAAUAAUCCACAAUUUCAAAUGGGAAUCGUAUAAAAUUGCAUUGGACCAAAGGGCAUUUUAAUUUAGUAGGAAAAUCAACAGACUCAGUGCAUUUCGCGAGCAAAAACACGCAUAUACAUCAGAACUAAAAAAAUAAAAAUGAGCAGUCGCUAUUCGGAUGACAAGCGCACGCAUCAUCACUAUCGUGAAGAAUAUCGUGAUGAAAAGGACAGGCAUCGAAGUUCCUUUGAUAAAGACAAGCAUUAUGAACAGAAAACUCGUUCGAGAUCGCGUUCUCGUUCCCGGUCUCGGUCGCCCGACCAUCGACACAGGCACAGCACUUUGACGUCGUCAUCGUCAUCGUCGUCCACGUCGUCGAGCAACCACCGAAACAGCCAUCACAGGAACAUAAACAGCGGCCGAAACGGUUUGUCAUCGGUUUAUGGUCGCAAUGACGAACAUAAAUCGAGAGAUGCCGAUGAAUUGAUUUGUCCACCGCCGCCAGUCAUAUCGAAGGUCUCAUUGUCAAUUGGAAAAUCAAAUAAACCAGCCAAGCCAGUACAAAUGAAACUAGCGGCACCAAAACCCAUUGAACCUGUGAAAAAGUUAACAGUCGCCUCAGCAUUUAGCAAUAAUGACAGCAGCGAUGAUGACGACGAAGAGGAAGCGCCAGUCAAAUAUUCGCGCAACAUUGGACGUGAUACGCCGACUUCAUCGGGUCCAAAUUCAUUUGGUAAAACCAAACAUGGAUUUUGCGAUCAGAAGAAAAUCUUCGAGAAGUCGCUGCGUCAGUUUCAUGAUUAGAAUAUAACACAUAUUUCUAUAAUAGUUUUAAAAAACGAACCCGUUAUACGUUUUGUUUCUCUCACUAGCUAAAGAACGAAAAAUAAACAAAUAAUCAACUAGUGAUGGAAUAUAGACCAAAUUUACCGUCGGGACACAAACAUUUUUUCCCCAUUCUCUCUACCAUCCUUCUUCUUUUCUGAAACGAAACGAUUUUGAUUUCAAUUCAAACGAAAGACAGACAAAUCAAAACGACAACAUAGAAUUAUUUUCUUCCAUUUGUAUCUUUAAUGCAUAGAAAUUGUCAAGAUUUAACCAAGGAAAUUGAAUUGAUUUCGAGAAAAUCGUAUUCAAUAUUUUAAUUGUUCGGAGCAAUAAAAGAAAAAAAUACACAGUU